UGUUUUUUUCGAUUCACAACAUCUGUGUGCUCUGCUCUACUCCUCCUCCUCCGAUUUCAUACGUAUUGAAUCUGAAACGGAAGCGCUUCUAUGUUCAAAGCUUUAGUUUUGUUCUAGCUUCAGUUAACUGGAAGGGAGAGAGAGAGAGAGAGUUAAAGGAAACGACUUUGUUGUUGAAGGUCUGUAUGGGUACCUAGGAGAAGAAGGAACUUUUUGUUGUGGAAGGCAAGGAUCAGAUGCAUAGUAUUAGCUCCAACCCCGCUGGUGACCUUGAGAAGCAGCAGCAGGACAAGACUCCGGAGAAGCAGAGCGAGUUAGUAAAUGAAUCUGCCAAGGAAGUGAACCACCUCACCAUUGUUGUCUGCAAUGGAGAUUCAAGUGGGGCACGUGAAACCGUAGAAUUGGCUCAGAUCUAUGGGCCAGCAGCUGAGAGGGAAGAGUCCCCCAAAAAGGUUUGUUUGUCCAGAAACUCCAGCUCUCACGAGCAGUGUAGGGUUUGUCAGCAAGAGAAAGAAGAGGCGUUGAUAGAACUGGGGUGCCUAUGUCGUGGUGGCCUUGCUAAAUCCCAUAGGUCAUGCAUAGAUGCUUGGUUUCGCACAAAAGGCUCUAAUCAGUGCGAGAUCUGCCAGGCAGUGGCUGUCAACGUGCCACCUCCAGAGACCCAUCCAACUACAAAUUACUGGGUUUGGAGGAUUGAUCCCAGCUAUAGACAAGAGCAGCGUGAGAGAGGAUGUUUCAAUCCUCUAUGGGUAGCAUUCUCGAUUCUGAUAGGCGGUCUAAUGCUGGAUGUGUUAAUAUCAAUCACACUUGGUGUGUCUGCACUCCCGGUUAACAUAAUCAUUGGAGUGAUAGUGGUGCUAGGGCUAGGAACAGCACUAAGGCUGACAUUGGAGUUCUGCUACGAGUGGAGCUUGAGAAGAGCGGUUCAGAGGGCAGUGCAGAGGAGUGAAACAGCCUUUAAUAACAUUGCAUAUCCACCUGCCUUGUAAGAGAGAUAAAUGUCAAAGCUGGAAACAUCUUGUGUGUGUUAGUGUGUUAUGUAAAAAAAGUUGCGUGAAGACAAAAGUGUGAUUGUUUUUACAUACAAUUAUGCUGAAUUCGUUUGGAGCAUCAUCUUUUGUGUAGCUUAAUUGUUUUACAAAAUUAGUAUUAACCCCAAUAUUUUU